AUGCCAGAGUUGAGAAUGGUGAAUUUCUUUUCGGCUGAGCCACGGAGUUCCGGUGGCACCUGUGGACCUUCAAUCAUGACGGACAAAACGAUUAUUAACAUCCCAACAAGAGCAAAACCUGAUGCCCGUGCUAGUUUGGAGAUGUCUCGAUAUAAGGAUAGAGGGAAAGAUGGAUCGUAUAACAUGAGGCCUAGAUCUCGUGAAGAUAAUAAUGAAAUGGAUUACCUCCGAAUGCAAACGAAAAUUGAAAGAGUGAAACGGCAGUUCGCCCUGCCCGCCCAAAACA